UGUGUACCUUUACCAGAGGAGGGUGAUUCACUAGGAAAAUAAUGUCUAAAGUUUGCAUUUUGCCAGCCAGUGCUUCUCUGGGAAUUAGCUUGUAAACAGAGAUCCAGAUGGCUAAAGAGUUUCUGAUUAAUAAAUGGAGGCUAUGGUUUCGGGUUUUGGACGUAAAAGGCACGGGGCAAUAUUCUAGAGAAGACGAAGCACAAGACGAGGCAAGAUAUGCCCGUCUCAGUCACUUGGAUCCAGAGCAUAAAGAGGAGGUAGUCGAAGCCUUGCGAGGGUUAAUGGAUGAAUAUUACUUCCGAGGCAAACAAGGUCCGAUAUAUGAACAAGAAUUUGUCGACAUGAACAACGACGAUUUCAAAGCUGACAAGGGAAAAUUUGAAGAACGUAUGAAGAAGUGUUUCGAAACAGGAUAUAAGAUCUUUGAAACGAAUGGUGACGGAAUGAUAACCAAGGAUGCGUUCCAAAAGGCAUACUUUGCAUAUGGACACAAGAAUCUCGAGCUUGUCAACAAAUUAUUCCAGUCCUAUAAUCCCGUGGACGACAAGGUUCCAGUCAAAACCAUUGCUGAUUCGUGGGUCCUUUUUACAACAAAUGAGGAUAGCUCUGUAAGGGAUGUAGUCAGAGAGGCGUUGGAGGCCGGUCUUUAAGUUUCUGCAGUUUUAUGAGAAAUGGUCUGCAUGUUUCAACAACUGCGACUUUUUAUGCCAUUUCUUCUCAUGAUAAAGUACGAAAGUAUAUUGAUGAUGUAAGUUGUCAUCUAAUAUAAUGAAUUACAUGUUGGCAGAAAAUUUUGGAAAUGUCAAACAUUGCAUUAGACUAUGACAGUUUGUAGUGUUCAAGCUUAUUAUCUUUAUAGCAUUUAUUAUCAAAAGUUGUUUUUUUUUAAAAAUACUGAAGUUCGUUUUUCAUUUCGUAUUGGUCAUAAUUGUUUGUCUUGUUGUUCUCUUUUCUAUGGUUUCAAAUAAUCUGGUUUGAACAAGUCGUAGAAAUUUUUCAAAGUACAUACGCAGAAGCUGGCAGAAAAUUUACUUACAACUUAAUACAGAUAUCACUUACUACUUGACUUUAUAUAUUGUAUACAAAUAAAUUUGUUUAGUAACAUGAA